AUGCAGUGGGAGCGUGAGCGAGCGUUGUGGGAGGCUAAUAUUCGAGUGGAAGAACUCGAUAGCGAUGAUACUGAUACACAAGGCGUUGGGCUUGGGGAUAAUGGCCAGAGGCGUUUUGCUAGCGAUCCUUUGAAAUUUACGGGUAUAGAUAUGGGACCUUCGGCCAGGUCUAGAAGGAGUUAUGGUUUUGAGGGUGAUGAUUCUUCAUCCGAGUCAUUCGAUUCAGACGAAGGAAGUAGUGCUUUACAGAUUCAGUUGCGCGAUAAGGAAGAAGCGCUUGUACAGUCUGCGCUCGCCCGAAUCCGUCGUGCUCGAGAAAAGGGAAAAACAGAAGUAAAACUUAAUCAGGAUGAAUUGGAUGCGUUGGAAAGAAGGAGGAAGCGAUUAGAGGCGGCCGCGAGAAAAGAGAAGAAAGGUAGUGGCAGUGGCAGCGAAAAGAAACGGCGAAGCGAGAAGAACCUGGUGACCGUUCCGAUUGCGUCCUUGGAACCAAGCAGCCGCAAAAAGAGUGCUAAACAUAAACGUUCGGGAGAUUUGCAACAAGCUGUUGGUCCCUCAAACCCUCCAGGACCUCCUGGAAUGUUAAUACCUGGCCCAGAUGGAUUGAUGUACGCUCCAAUCGGCUACUCUGUUUCUAGCGGCUCCAAUCGCAAUUCUCCUACCCGUCCAAGGUCUGCCUCUUCUCAACAAAUUCUAAGUCAUUCUCCAUCAUUCUAUGCGACAGGUUCUCACCGAAAUCUAUCUGAUGGUAUGCGGCCGACAUCUUCUUCGAGCACCAGCUCCCGCCGCCCCUUACCAGAUGAGGCCGAAUGGAUACCCGGUAGCUCGCGACGCAGUUCAGUGUCCUCGCAAAACUUUGCCGUGGACCCCUUUGAAUAUCAGACCUCUUCUGGCCGUCCACCAGCUAUCCCGGAACAAUACUUACCCGGCCGUCGCAACGUCUCGAAUCCCUCUGAUAUUCAAUACUCGUCAAUCCGACGGAGUCCUCCAGGACUCGGUGCUUAUCCUGCUACAGGUAGAGCACCAGCCUCUGAUCCCGCUCUUAGACAUCGAAGCUCCUAUGCAGACGAAAUCGCAGACAGUUCAACCGAUGAGAGUGAUGAUCUUGGGAAUGGCGUUCAAGUGUUUGUUGACGAGCGAGAGACCGAGCGAGAGCGCGAAAGGGAACGAGCGCUCAGUCGGAAACCUGUCGCUAGCAGUGGACGCAAAAAAGGGAAGGGUCGAUAG